AUGGCUGUCCUCAAGGUGACAUUCACCAAGACCAAGCGGGACAAGCUGGCACAGGUGCUCUGGGUGCUGAACUGGGUGUCGGUGAUCACAGGUGUCACCCUGUUCAGCCUGGGACUCUUCCUGAAGGUGGAGAUCCUCAAGCGGCAGGAGGUGAUGUCCGACGACAUCCACCCCGUCCCCAACAUGCUGAUAGGCGUGGGCCUGUGUGCGUGCGGCAUCAACUUCCUGGGCGGCAAAAUCUGCUACGACUGCGUGGACACAACCAAGUUCCUGCGCUGGAAGCUCAUCAUGCUCCCCUACAUCAUCUGCACGUUCUUCUUCACGUUCUGCAUCCUGGUAGGAGCGUUGAUGUGCUGCUUCAUGCAUCACGAGUUGGAGAGAUCCCUCUACCAGGGGCUGCACAACGCUAUGCGCUACUACAAGGACACGGACAUACCCGGGAGGUGCUACCUGAAGCGCACCGUUGACAUGCUGCAGCUCGAGUUUCAGUGCUGCGGAAAUGGGGGCUACCGUGACUGGUUCCAUAUACAGUGGAUCAGCAACCGCUACCUGGACAUGAGCAAGAGUGAGGUGGUUGACCGCCUGAGGAGCAACAUCCAGGGGAAGUACUUGAUGGACAGCGUCCCCUUCAGCUGCUGCAACACGUUCUCGCCGCGGCCCUGCAUCCAGCACCAGGUCACCAACAACUCGGCCCACCACAACUACGACUACCAGACAGAGGAGCUCAACCUGUGGCAGAAGGGCUGCCGCCAGGCCCUGCUGGAGUACUACACCAACAUCAUGCAGUCCAUCGCCAUCAUCGUUAUCACCAUCUGGCUCUUCGAGCUUUUUGUUCUCACGGGGGUCCGCUACCUCCAGACGGCGAUGGAGAACGUUGUGCAGCUUGGGGACCCCGACUCUGAGUCUGACGGUUGGAUCCUGGAAAACAGCCUGUCAGAAACAGCUCGCUACAACUUCAACGUAAUCAAGAAUCUGGGCAAAUGCUGCCACGUAGGAGACGACCCAAACAUUGAUGUGCCCAGCAUUGACCCUGGACAGAAUAUUCAGGAGACAGGGCCCUCAAGGCAGAUACCUCUCCCAAAAUGA